GUCAUUGACUGCCAGCUUCCCGGCUCGAUGUGGCGCGGCGCGACGCUCUGGCUCUCCGUCUUCAGCCGCGUCCACCUCGAGCGAGCUCUCUUCGACGCGGACACGAACUGCAACGGCCUCACCCUGCGUGGCUGCUCGCUCGAGCGGGCCACCCUCGCGCACACCUCGCUCGAGCGGCUCACCGUCCAGGGCGGAUCGAUGGCGGAGGCGGACCUGAGCCACGCCACCGUCUCGAGCUGCGCCCUGCGCGGCGCGGUGCUGACGGGCGCGAGCCUAGCCUCCGCCUCGCUCUCCGACACGAACCUCUCCAACGCCGUCCUCGAGGGGGCGGACCUGCGGUACGCGUCGCUGCAGCGCGUCGCCCUCGACGGCGCCUCCCUCGUCGGCGCCUCGCUCGAGUUCGCGGACUUGCGCACCGCCACCGGCCUCGCGACCGCAGACCUGACGGGGGCACGCUUGGCCGGCGCCCGCGGGCUCCCUCCCGCGAGCGCCGCCGGGCGAUAGCCGAUAGCACCGGCUCAGGUUCCAAAGGUCGGGUAAAGAGGCGCGCGAGCCGCGAGAAAGCAGAAAGGGUGGGGCGGGCGCGUCUCUCGCUCUCUGUCGUGUGGUUUAUGUUGAUACUCGAGCGAGCCCCCCACUUGCACUU